CAUCAGCUCAGAGACUGAGACAGAGAAGAACGAUGUCUGAACUCUGGCACAUUCAAACGUUAGUGUUUCUGAUCCUGAUGCUUCAGUUCACAGCAGUAUCAACUAAAUUUUCCUUCAUCACCGUCAGAGACGGAGACGACGUCACUUUGUCUUGUCAGAAUGAGGUCAAUGAUCACGAUAAAUGUUCCCUGACUCACUGGUUCUUCAGAGGUUCACGAGACUCUCCAGUAAUAGAUCUGGUUAAAUCUGGACAGAUGGAUCAAACUCAGCUUCCCAGAUCCAGAUCAGACAGACUGAGUGUGACAGAGAAAUGUUCUCUGUUUAUAAAGAGCGUCACACAGGAGGAUGUGGGUCAGUUUUUCUGCAGACAACGAGGCAGAGACUCUGGGUUUGAUCUGACUGUUGUUGCCUUGACUGAACAAAAGAUGGAUCAUGGAGUCACAUUAAGCUGCGUUGUACAAAGAACUGGGAAAUGUGAACACACAGUGAAGUGGUUGUUUAAAUAUCAAGAAGUGGAAGGAGAGCACAGAGAGUUCAAGACUUCAGAGACUUCACAGACUCCCUGCUUCGCUUCUGUGUCAGUGGAAGAGUCUCAUUAUAUUUACUCAUCAAGAUUUACAGCUUUUCAAUGUGAAGUGACUGAUCCUGACGGAAAUAAGCAGAAGUUUUCAUUCAGACAAUCAGGUGGUUUUGAGGUGGACUCAAAAACAACAGCAUCACCAACAACCACAAAAAUGUAUGAUGCAGGAAAUCAAAAAGGUUGGUGGAGGAUCAUCAUCGUCUCUGUGGCCUCAACGACACUCAUAGUUAUUGUUGUUGUGGUCAACGUUUGGACCAGAACCAAAGGAAAUAAAAGAGUGAGAGAUGAAAACACACUUCAUGAUGAAGAUGAAGAUGAAGGUGCAGUGAAUUAUGAAAACGUUGGAGUCUCGUCUGCUUCAGUCUGACUCCACUGAGCAACAACUUCAUCAACUCACCACAAACAAGUCGCUGCUGCUGUUAAAAGCUUUGUGUUCAACAAUUCAACAAAUGAAUGAAUUCAGUCUGUAACAACCUUCAUGUUGUGACUGAUGAUAAAAUGAUCUGUCAAUAAAAACACAUGAAAUUUA